CCAGCCCGACUGAGCCGGGCGGCGGCAGCGGCGGCAGCGGCGGCGGCUUCCUUUUUCUCCCGCUGCGAGCCCUGGAGCGCCUCGGGAACCGGCCCUAAAAAGAGCAGGAAAUCUUGUUUACCGCCCGGGGAGAGGAGUCGAUCGAGCCUUUGUCUGGAAAGUCAGCAUCUCCAGCUCCGGCUGCAAUGUGUUCCUGGUGACAUUAGCAUUGGCAGACCCGCCGGAGAAGGGGGGUCGCCAGGUUCAUGUCUGCUUUCGGAGGCGGAUCGAGCGGGUGACUUUUGUGCAUUCGUUUUAAUUUUCGGAAAUCUCUCUUUUUUCCUCCCCGGCCCGCCACCGGGCAUGUCCUGAUCCGGCGGCCGCUCCUACCGCCCGGGGCUACCGAUCUGAGCGGUUCCCAGCGGGUCUCCCUCCUCCCUCCCUGGUCCCUCCCUGACUUUGCAACACCGCGUUCCGGGAGGACCGAGCUCGGCGAGGAAGAAGGCGGGGGAGCCCCGAACACCCGGACCCGAACCUUGACAUGCUCUCCGGCGGAGAGGAGGAAAACAGGAGCUGAGCGCACCGCCGGGGCUGCUUCGCCGGCCGGCUCCGAGCGCAGGGCUCCGGGCGCCCUGCCCUGCGCCUGGGCGGCAGCUUUGUUGCUUUGGGGGGCGCCCCCCGCUUCCCGCCCCGGGGGCGCGCGGCCGGCAGGACCAUGCUGCUGAAGGAAUACCGGAUCUGCAUGCCGCUCACCGUGGACGAGUACAAAAUCGGACAGCUGUACAUGAUCAGCAAGCACAGCCAUGAACAGAGCGACCGCGGAGAAGGGGUGGAGGUCGUCCAGAAUGAACCCUUUGAGGAUCCUCACCAUGGCAACGGGCAGUUCACCGAGAAGCGGGUGUAUCUCAACAGCAAACUGCCUAGCUGGGCUAGAGCUGUUGUUCCCAAAAUCUUUUAUGUUACAGAAAAGGCUUGGAACUAUUAUCCCUACACAAUUACAGAAUACACAUGUUCCUUUCUGCCGAAAUUCUCCAUUCAUAUAGAAACCAAGUACGAGGACAACAAAGGAAGCAACGACCGCAUUUUUGACAAUGAAGCCAAAGACCUAGAGAGAGAAGUUUGCUUUAUUGAUAUCGCCUGCGACGAGAUUCCAGAACGUUACUACAAAGAAUCGGAGGAUCCCAAGCAUUUCAAGUCCGAGAAGACAGGACGGGGACAAUUAAGGGAAGGCUGGAGAGAUAGUCAUCAACCCAUCAUGUGUUCCUACAAACUGGUGACCGUGAAGUUCGAGGUCUGGGGGCUUCAGACCAGAGUGGAACAAUUUGUACACAAGGUGGUCCGGGAUAUUCUGCUGAUUGGACAUAGACAGGCUUUUGCAUGGGUUGAUGAGUGGUAUGAUAUGACAAUGGAUGAUGUUCGGGAAUACGAGAAAAACAUGCAUGAACAAACCAACAUAAAAGUUUGCAAUCAGCAUUCCUCCACUGUGGAUGACAUAGAGAGCCAUGCCCAAACAAGUACAUGACAAUGGAUGAAGUCCGAGAAUUUGAACGAGCCACUCAGGAAGCCACCAACAGGAAAAUUGGCGUUUUCCCACCUGCGAUUUCUAUCUCAAGUAUCCCCCUGCUGCCUUCCUCGGUCCGCAGCGCCCCUUCUAGUGCCCCAUCCACACCUCUGUCCACCGACGCCCCAGACUUUCUGUCCGUGCCCAAAGAUCGACCCCGGAAAAAGUCAGCCCCAGAAACUCUCACACUUCCAGACCCUGAGAAAAGAGCCACCCU